AUGCGCCUUCUCAACACGGCAACGUUCAUCCUUUCGGACUUCACAGGGAGCGAGAUCCCUCCCUAUGCAAUCCUCUCCCAUCGAUGGGAGGGCCAUGAGAUCACCUUCCAAGAGCUCGAGGAUAUCAAGGGCUCUGACCCCGCAGCCUUUGUGAAUAGCGAGCAGGAUGUGAAUACUGCCGCCUGGUCCAAGAUCAGAGGCUGCUGCGACCAGGCUCGGGUGCAUGGCUAUACCUGGAUCUGGGUAGAUUCGUGCUGCAUCGAUAAGUCCAGCAGCGCCGAGCUUUCCGAGGCGAUCAAUUCCAUGUUCACGUGGUACGGGAAAGCCGGCGUAUGCUAUGCCUAUCUGUCGGAUGUGCGAAGCACGGAUGGCGAAAUAACGGCAGCGACAGGAGAGGAGUUUCAACGAAGCAAGUGGUUCAGCCGAGGUUGGACAUUGCAGGAACUCCUGGCUCCGAAGCAAGUCAUCUUCUGCGCGGCCGCUUGGCAACAACUAGGGAACAGACAGCAGCUCUGGCCUUUUAUUUCGAAGGCCACGGGUAUCGGUGAUCUAGGGGGUUGGAGAACGGCUAGCAUCGCUCAGAAAAUGUCCUGGGCUUCGAGAAGAGAAACUACGAGGAGUGAGGACAAAGCGUAUAGCUUGAUGGGCUUGUUCGGAGUCAAUAUGCCGCCGUUGUACGGAGAAGGGGAGAACGCAUUCAUCAGGCUUCAGCUCGAGAUCCUACGGAUUUCCGACGACGAAUCGAUUUUUGCCUGGGCCGACGACAAGGAUACUAGUGGCGGGUUGCUUGCUCGCUCGCCUACAGCAUUUCAGAACUCUGGAGACUUUAGAAGGUUGGACGUCUUCCGAUACGAGAAGGCGCCGUAUUCGAUGACGAACAAAGGGAUCCGUGUUGAGUUGCCAGUAUGCAUCCCCGAGGAGCUGCAUCUGGAUUUCAUGGAUGCCGACGACACGUUCUUGGCGUUCCUCUCCUGCAGGGCCGGGCAGAACUACUCCAUGCUGGCGAUUCUGCUGCGCCGCAUCAAGGGGAACCAGUUUACGAGAGUAUCCUCUGCCGAGAUUAUCCGUGUACCUUGGUGGAACGACAACAUGCAAGCCCGGAUAGAGAGCAGCACCAGAAUGGUACAGGUCAAGCAGGAAGACGAAUCGGAGCUGUCAUUCCGCGGGCUACCUCAGUACAAAUUCUCUGUGGCUCUGGACGUCCUCGAGUUCAAAGGGUUCCAAGUCACGAGUCGAUGGACGUCGUGGUCGGAUAGCUGCAGCAGCUGGGAUGAUGGCGAAGCCAGAGAUGAGGAGACGAUCGUGAUAGAUCGGAUGGAGGGGAAGGAUAGCGUGACCGCUGCUCUUGAGUUCACGAGUAGACAGUCAAGCCGGUUCGAAAACUACGAUUCUCACCCUGCUCUAGCGUAUGCAGAAAGCGAUAGAUUCGUCUUGGUAUUCAACAUGUACGCACGCCGGGCGCGAUUGGGCAUCCUCUUGCCUUCAGGAACCGAGACGAUGCAGGAUAUGCUGAGGAAAUGGAUGCAGCCCGGCGACUGGAUGACGAACUGCGGCCAAGUUCUCCCCACAAGAAGACUCGUCUCCGGCACCAAAGUGACGGCUCAACUUGUCAGGAAGCCGACGGAUUUAUGGCUACGCAGCUAUCAAGCCGAGGUGUCAUUCGAAGAUCCGGUCGAGCUUUACACUACCCAUAUUUCUGACACCCCGUCAGAUCUCUUGGUCGAAGCACUCCCGAAUAACGAAGUUGAAUCUACUGAGAAACGUAACUCGAUGUCGCUCGAUCCUGGCGAGAGCUAUCACCUCCGCGGCUUUCUCUUACAGAAAGAGUCUGAAGUGGCGCCGAAACGGAGAGAAUUUUGGCUGAGCCGUCCGCAGCAUCAGGUGGCUGGCAUCUCGGAAUUGGCAGACAACGAAGUCGCUUCCUUCAACUCGGAAUUUUCAGAUGCGGCAAAAAAUUACUCUAUACGGGGCUUCUUGGAACACAGGGACUAUCUUGACUUUACCCCUCACUUCGAAAAUCUCAGUAUUGGGGAUGGGCGAGUUCAGAAUGAGGAAAAAUUGAUGCAAAUUAAGUGA